AUGCCCUCGCCCCUCCCGCGGCGCCCUCACCUGCCCGGCGACCUCUCGCCGUCGUCGGGGGACUCGCGGCCCUGCAGCAGCCCCUGCGAGCUCUUGGGAGGCAUCCCGCCACGGGCCCCGCGCCUCCGGCGCCGGCUGGCCUGGUGCUCCAUCGACUGGGAGCAGGUGUGUCUGCUACGGAGGCUGGGCGCGGGGGGCUUCGGCUCAGUGUACGAGGCGACCUACUACGGCGUGCGCGUGGCUGUCAAGCAGGUGAGCCGGUGCUCCAAGAACCCGCGGGCGUCGAGGCGCAGCUUCUGGGCCGAGCUCAACGCGGCCCGGCUGCGCCAUGCCAACAUCGUGCGCGUGCUGGCAGCCAGCACGCGCCCGCCCCCGGGUUUCAACAGCCUGGGGACCGUCAUCAUGGAGUUCGGGGGCAACAUCACCUUGCACCAGGUCAUCUACGGCCCCACCAGCUGCCCUGGGGACGCCGGCGCGCACCUGGGCUUGGAAAGGUGUCUAAAGUACUCCCUAGAUGUGGUCAGCGGCCUGCUGUUCCUCCACGCGCAGAGCAUCGUUCACUUGGACCUCAAGCCGGCCAACAUCCUCAUCAGUGAGCAGGACGUCUGCAAGAUCGGGGACUUCGGCUGCUCCGCGAGGCUGGAAGACCUGCGGAGCCCGCGGACACCUCACCACCUGGGCGGCACCUACACUCACCGAGCCCCAGAGCUCCUCGAAGGAGAGCCCGUUACUCCCAAGGCCGACAUCUACUCCUUCGCCAUCACCCUCUGGCAGAUGAGCACGCGGGAGGCGCCCUUCUCUGGGGAGCGGCAGCACGUGCUCUACGCCGUGGUGGCCUACCACCUCCGGCCCGCCCUCCGGGCGCCCGUCUUCACCGACUCUGUACCGGGGAAGACGUUGGCGGGCAUCAUCCAGCGCUGCUGGGCAGCCCUUGCUCCUGAGAGGCCGAGCACAGAGCUUCUCUUGGGGGACCUCCACACUUUGAAAGAGGAGCUGGGAGGACUUGAGACUGGAUCCAGAUAA